GGAACAAAACUCAACAGAAACUGUAGUCUCUGACAGCACAGACGAAAUGUACCUGCAUCAUUUUGAGAAUGUUAAACAGUACGUGCAACAAAACCAACAUGCCACCAACACGCAACUCUUCUCCUUUUUGGCACUGAUGAAUGCGUACAUUUCUCAUUCCUACCUCUACAUGUCGGAGUGUAAGAAGAUCCUUGGACCACCUGAUCCCAUCCACGGAGGCCCCCCCUUUGAAAAAAGAAUGGAGCCAUUUACGGUCUUUAUCAAUACCGAUGGUUCAAACCGUGAGCACAUUGCUAUGAUUCACCCAGUGCUCGCACAGACAGCUGUGGAACUACUUGCCGACUUGAGGAUUACCAGGAGUGCUACAGUGAAGAAACUUAUCUCGUCACUUUGUGUAGAUCAGCCCCAACCACAUAUAAUCCAGUUCAUCAAGGAUUUGCUGACAAAGAGAGAAAUGGGAGAAAAUGGUAAAGAGAAGUUCUCACGAUUGAUAGAAGAUAUAAUGACAUUAGAGAAUUUAUACAACACUGUCUCUGUCUUGGAAACUGCAUCAGAUACAUUCAGCUCUAAGUCCAUUUUCCCUCAAACCCUUUCCCGUCUCUAUUACACCAGAGAAGACAUCAUCGACUAUAGCAAAGCUGAGGAAUGGGCAAGGACAGCCAUAACAAAAGCUCCAAAGAACUCUUAUGUGGCUGACACUCUUGGGCAGAUUUAUAAGAACCGUUUGAUGAGGGAACCCAGGCCACUGGAGAAUAUCUUCAACAGGGCAAGAGACGCCUUCAAAGCAUUUAAAGAUGUGGAAGAGAAAGCUGAAAAAGAACAGGGCCCAGGAAAGCCACAGGACACAGCAAGUGUUGUAGGCAUUUCAAAUAGCUUCAACAACAGAGGCCUAUUUGGAUUCAUUCAAGUGGCAAAGUUAGCCUUUGAGAAACUCAAUCAUUCACAGAAACACAGGAGUUUCAUCCAAAACUUACAAACGGAAGUUGAAGCGAAGUUUACAUUUUUUGAACGGUAUCUAACCUACUCCAAGCCUGACAAGACAAAACUAGAGCCAGAUUAUUUCUGGAAGGAUGUUGUACUUUGUUACAAACAGUACACAGAAAAUUCAGCGGCAGAAUCCACAAGCUUUCCGGGCCUUCUAGAUCGCCUGAAUCGUGGCCGUUUCACAUCAAAGGGAAGACGAGCUAAGUUUGUCGAGUAUGAGGUAACAGUGUCUGAUUUAGAGGAAAUCAAAAAUGAUUUGAAAUCCACCUACGAAGCAAAUGUUGACGAUGUCAAAGUAGCUGAGAGGUACAUCCUGUCCAACGUCAUCUUGAGCAACAAGAUGCAUAACUCUCCCCAGCUCACACCAGUGAAAGAACUCCAAACAAUACUACACAGAUUCUUGGGCACUGAAGUUGGGCCUAGAAGCCCUGAGUUUUACCUGUUGGUUCUGCUGUUGUUUUGGCCUGAGGAACAGCCUCAACUAGUGCAAGAAGAGGAUGAUGAAGAAAUGGAAGAACAGGCCUCAGAGGAUGACGGAACAGAAGAAGACACAAGAGCAGAGACUGCACAACCAUCUCUUGAGGUCAUGUUUGACCUUGACCUACAACCAUACACCACAUUCAUGGAGAGUGCAUUUGGGACAGCUGGGUACGCAAAGUACCUCCGAGGUAGAUACCUUUUGCCACUGUUUUUUCUUGGAAAGGGCACUGGACUGAGAAAAUGGAUUCACAAAUCAAGGUUGGAUGCAAUUGUGGAAAAGGAGGUUGAUGCUGAGCUAGCUAAUAGACAAAGAGGAAGGAGAAAAUGGAGGGAGAAAAGGAGGCAGAUCACUGCAAUGUGGGUCAAUGGGAAAGUUUGGCAUGUCCCAGAAAUCCAAGAUAUCCUUCUCCCGGUCGAGGUAUCCUACUCAAAGGAGCAUGAGAAACAAAAAGUGUCCGUUCAUGUUGGAGGGAAGAAAAUAAUGGCUACAGAAGAGAUUGUAUCUGAGGCUUCAGUGCUGGGGCCAAUGCUUUUCUAUCUUGGCUUCACCAUUCAGGGUCCUGUCGUCUUUAAAGUGGGAUUUCCUCACAGUUCUGACGAGUGAUUGACAAUGAACACUUACUGAUUACAACAGCAUUAGCUAGACAACAUUCUAGACUUAAUAUGUUAUUAGAAAAUUGACUUCAUCAGCUAAUGGUGGUAUAAGGUAAACCAGGGGAUUGACAAAGUCAGUAGGAAAUAUCCUCAUGAAUGUCUGUUCAAAAUUUCUUGGCAACCCAUUAUUGUUAUUUUAGUCUGGAUGAAAGUGUUGGACUGACCAACAUUGCCACCUCUACAUUUACAGACACUCAACUAUUGUAAUUUUUCAGUUUCUAGAUGGUUUGGUGGUGGUAUCUUCAACCUUAUGACCCACAAAUUAUGUUCAUUUAACCAUUCUGCAUUAUCAAUUUUUUUUCCUAUGAAAAUUAAGUUUACAUUUAGAAAUAUCUUAACCGGGUGUCUUUAAUCUCAAACAUGUAUGAUAUUGUAAUUUGUAUUACACUGUAUGUGGAUAUUCGAAAUUCCAUUUGAAAAAUGCUGGUGUUGACAUUAGAUUUAGAAAUGUGAACAUUCAAUCUGAUGCAAUGAAAAACAACAACAAUCUGAACAAUGUACUGUUUGCUUAAAUGUGAUGAUACAAUUCUAAUACAGCCAACUUGCAUUAACAUGAACAGUUAGAAUUGUUAUGUUGGUUUGGGGUUUUGAAGAGUUUUAUAAUAUUUUAUGAUUUUUUUUUUCAUUCAAAGAAAUGUUAUGAAAAUAUAAUUGAACACAUUGCAUGCAUAUUAUGGUGUUGUUUGCGGAAAUAAAAUCAAACUUGG